AUGGUUGCACCCACUCUGUACGAGUCACGUGUAGAUGAAUUUCAGCAUCGCUGGACAACUGUGGCGCGCUUCCUCGAGUCAGUGCUAUCACGUGAUCUGGAGCCGGCGGAGCAGCGACGUCUGCUACUCGAAAGUCAUACACGAGACUCGUUGCUCAAGCUUGUGCUGCUUAUCUAUGAAGAAGAAAACAAUUCAGAUCGGUGGGAAUUGGUCAUGGCGCGUCCAAAGGCGGCUGCAGAAGACGCAGCUAAUGUCGAGUCCCGGACGCGCUCUCGCUCACGUGCGCAGUCACAAACGCCGCUUUCUCCAGAGCGACUUGAGCACGCAUCACACGAGUGCCUUGAGUAUUUACUAGAAAAGCAGAUCAUUCCGCACUUGUGUGAGGUGGGGAGACGAGAUCAGCCUUGUGGCAUCAUGUCGUUGGCCAUGCAGUUCGUAGGAGCCUUGCUCAGUCGCGUGAGUUAUCCCAUUCUUCCCACGCGUGAAGUGCACGUGGCAGUAGUGGCACUUAUUCAGGCGGCUGCACGCAAAGAAGUAGAGGAUCCUACAGUGCGCAAAUACCUCAUCAGUCUACUUAAUAUUCUCUGGAAAAAGCUGCGUGGGGAUCCUGUGCAAACAGAAUUUUUUUUUUUACAUGCGGAUCGACUCAUGAUUCGUAGGACCGACAUGGCGUCCAAUACAAAUAAUAGCAGCAAUCGACUUGAGUCAUCAAGUGAUGAUCCAUUUCUACAUCAUCACAACCACCACACGCAAAGUGAAGUACCAGAAUUGAUUCUCUUCACUGGACUCCUUCCACAUAUGUAUGCAGUAGGAAAAAUUGGCGAAAAGUGUCGUGAGGCUCUGGUAAUUGCCGCAGCAGUACACGACAAGGCCUUGUGUCGCUUCGUUUUGCAGCUCACUCCAUUCUGCCACUACGCAGUUAAUGGCGUAAUUUCAGCGUUUGAUGCUUUACCAAAGACAUUAGCAUCAACAUCGAAGUCAUCUGUUUCCGUUAGCUCGACGGAUGCUGAUGCAACUAUGGAACUAGACCUGAGUUUUCUUGCAGUCAGGUUGCGCUUUUGUUGCACACUUGCCAUGGUGGCACGCUAUGAAUUAGAGGAAGUGGAUGAAGUUACUGGUGAUCUGCAGCAUCACUCGAUAGCAGAUGAGCUACUGGAUCAAUUUAGGACUCGCUUUUUGGAAGGUCCGUUGGUUGAAGGGCUUCUACACACAUCGGAGGCUGCUGCUUGUGCUGCUACUCUAUAUGCGCGCAUCAUUUUGGAAGAGCUGACAGCCUGUGGACGCGACACGCGAGCGAAUCCACUCCUUCUUAUUUAUCUACAAUUUCUACUUGAGCGCGCACCGGUUGUGAGACGAUUCAAUUCGUUAAUAACUGAGCAUGCUGCAGCUGAACCAGAAACGCCGAUCGGUGAGUCUUCUGCAGCCCAGCAGUUGCCGUUUGAGUUGCUUCGCCACAUGGACUCACUCUCAAGCUCCCUUUGUAUCGCCACAAUUGAGUUGUUCACAUGUGUUUUGGAGCUUCAGGAUGAGUAUGCGGACAGUAUUUUGCUAGGCAAUAUCAAUAAGUGUGAGAAAAAUGCUGACACUGACGGUGGUACCACUUCGGGAAAGCAACAACUCACAAGAUCCAUAGUACAGAGCCCAACUACGCCUGCUAAUGGUGCCAUUUGGUUUGCAUCAAGGUUUCCUGACUCUUCAGUAGCGUCAAAUGUUCAUUUAUGGAAGAUUCGCGCUUUUGCGGGGCCUGAAGAUGUUCCGGAAGACUUUCCAGCAGCAGACGACCAGGAAGACCAAGUGUUGUCACUACUUUCGUAUAUAGCUGACGCUGAGUAUGCUGCUUGUCAACAAGGCCCUGAAGAACUCAGUGACGUCGAUGAUGAGACUGGUGACUCUCAAGAAGAAUUAGCGGCAACUCAGACAACAGUUGUAGCACCAAGUGUCACCGAUAGCUUGUCACAAUCCCCUGCUACUUUUGCACCGAAUGCAGCAUCACCCUCGAAAGGUUCGUUCAGUCGAACUUCUGCUACUCGUCAUCCAAUGAAGCCAUUGCGCGACGUGUAUCUUAGCAUCUGCUUGCCGUCUUUCUCACCAGCUGAACCGGUUGGACAUCGACAACGAUCACAGCCGCAAGUCUUGCAGCGAUCAAUUGAUGAAAGCAACGACGAAUGCAUGCCGCUCUUUUUGCGAAUUGCCCUGAAUCGUGUGGAACGAUUGCUGGAAAAUUCCUUUCAAGAGAACGUGGCAUUGUCUGGCCUCAUUUAUGCUCUUGCUCAAAAGCCUCUAUGUUCCAAUGUGAUUUUUGAUUUGGAUGAUGCUUAUCCUGCUGGUCACAGUCUGCGCAGUAUUCUUGAGGAAGUUUUUGCUGAUGCUUUGCGUCGUUUAAAUAGACUACCGAAUGGCACGGCACAGCUUCAAGAAGUGCGCAAAAAACUUGUGGACGAAGACAACUUGGCUUUGCUUGACGAUCACGAAGCCGAAACGCGUUUGUUUGCUGGCUACGUGCUUCUCGAUGAGAUUCUAAAAGAAUUAUGCUCGCUGCUAUUUGCGCGUGAACGCGUCAAAUCUCUGCCUGUAAAGCCUGAGGGGUAUUAUUUGGAGCCAAACCGCGCAGGAUCUUUGUCACCUACCCUUGAUAUUCAACGAAAGCGAGCGCUUUCAAGCGAAACCCUUUUUUCUGACGAAGGUUCCCAGAUUGACGCAGCUUCACCUUCUCAGCAGCGUAGUAUCGGAAAGGAAUUUGAGGCGAUGCUAGCAGAAGCUCAGUCAAGUAUGGAUGACCUACUUGUUGGUCCUGAAGAUGUAUUAGAGGCAUCUACUCUAGAAGCUGAACUAGCUACUCAAAUUGUAUAG